AUAUAAAGGCUGCCCUCCUGAUUUCCUCAUCGCCACUUCACAUACGAUCCUCAAAGACGUCUGCUACUCGUCGCGACUAGCCGGAACAUGUCGAACAUCGUCUUGCUCGUCCUCGCCGCGGUGUUGGCCACCGCCUACGCUUACCCCGCCGUUGUCGCAGAAGAAUCGCCAUUGCCGAGAGUUGCUAGAGCCGCUUCGCCUGAUCCAAUUCUGCUCUUAAAGCAUGGUUUCGGUGGAUAUGGUGGAUAUGGUGGAUAUGGUGGAUAUGGUGGAUAUGGCGGAUACGGAGGACAUGGUGGAUAUGGUGGAUAUGGUGGAUACGGAGGACAUGGGGGAUACGGUGGAUACGGAGGACAUGGUGGAUACGGUGGAUACGGAGGACACAGAGGAGGUUAUGGCGGCUACCCUUACGGAGGCUACGGUGGUGGACUUUCCGGAAGCUCCGCUCAUGCUGGGUCCAUCAGCUCUCCAUUCGGAAGUGCGUCCUUCUCGAGCGCCAAAGCUGGAGCUCUUGGUUUCGGACGAUGAGACAUCGGCUGAGUCACGCAUUGACCAACGAGAAUACGGUUCCGUCCAGUGCAUCACUCAUGCUUGUAAAAUAUUGCCUAACAUGUAGCUAAGUUUGUAUAAUAAACCAUUUUAUACUCUC